AUGGGAGAUCGUCUGGGAAUUAAUUUAAAAAACACAACAACAACAACAGAAGCAACGACAACAGAAGCAGCUACAACACCCGCUGGAAAUGUUUGGGUCCAAGUCAGCACAAGCAAAGUAUGUUUUGGUACAAAGGACGAUACGUUUGGAACCUUUACAAUCACUAAGGAUGGAAAAAUCAAGAAAUUCAAACUCUAUUACGCCGGAGGGUUUGGCUUAGUWACUGAGCUCUUCGGAGCUGCAGGUAGAUGGGGCGCUCCAUCAGUAAAUGCAUUAUUAAUAAACACGAAAAUUGAAACCCACAUUACUGAUGCAGGCAACAACAGAAUUACCCCGCCAGUUGGUUAUAAGAUAUAUAAUGGAUGGGGUCAGAUGUCGUAUGACAUUCCUGGAUAUGGCUACAUGAGCGAUUAUAUAAUUCUCCCCGAGAUUUCCCCGGCCAUCAGUGUGAAGAUUGGAGAUCAAUUUAGGAUUUGGUUUGGGCAAGAUUGGCAGAACAUCAACGAAAAUAACAAUAAAGGACAGUCCUGUGCAGACGUKUCUGCUUUCUACUCCGAGAUAGCGUGAUAAGAGRGCUGRUUGAUCGACGAGRACUGUAAUAUUUCUGCAAUCUGGUUUGCAAGCUGAUAGUGUCUAAGAACUACGGCUGAUAUUGAAUCAACGUUUUUAAUCAUUGCAGGUUCAGUUAAAUUAACUUAUUUGUGUGUUUGAGACACUGAUAGGUCACGUGACUUGUAACUCUAUGACAUUUUAUGUCAGUUGUUUUAGUUUGUUAAAUUUGUUUCUUCUAUUCAAUGAAAAAGUCGAUCAAUUUUUUAAAAAUCUGUAAAUGAUCAAUUAGUUCACACACAAAAUGUCACUGAUUUGACAAACUUUGUAAAAUGAUU